UCAUAUUGGAGACUAUUCUUAUUCAGCUGUAGCAAAAUAUUUGUUUUGUUUUCCACAUGAAAAUUUUUCCCUCGAAAAAUGGGAUGGAUUACAUAUUUAUGCAGAAAAUGACAAAGGACAAUAAUAUGCACAAAUGAUCCAGAACACUGGAUGACAGGAAACAAAUGGUGCUGACUUUUUCAAAGCAGCCUUAUUUGAAUGCACUUAUUCUUUUGGAGUGCCAAGGAAAGAGAGCAGUAUGCUGUACAUCUUCCUAGUCGACACUGGUACAAUGUACCCCAUGGAGAUGAAUUUGGCAAUGGAUAGUGUCUCCAAUCUGCGCCAGCACAUUGCUUCUAGACUGGGCAUUCCAGAGGAUAAGCAGGUCUUGCUUAUAAGUGGUGGAGAGAACCUGGAUCCUGAUGCUAGAGUAUGCAGUUAUAGUGCUGGAACCGACACCAACCCCAUCUUUUUGUUUAGUAAAAGUACAAUUGAAUCAGCCACACCUCCAUCACCCAGUGUUUAUCUAGGAACAGAUUUAGAGAUGAGGGAGCAGGUGGAAGGAGCAUUGCAAAUGCCUCCAACAUAUGGAACAGUUGUGUCUAGGGCACAGUUAGCUUUGCACUUCCAUGAAAUGGCAAGGGAUCUGUGUAAGGGAUGUGAAAACUUGGUCCAUGAACAACAUCUGCAACACCAGGGAUGGGCUGCCGUCAUUGCCAACUUGGAUGAUAUUUCUAAGUCAUUUGGGGCAAGAUCAGGGGUGUUUCAGCAACACUAUCGGGAUUUCUUGGAGAACAAAGAUAAAUACAAUGAUGUCAUUCACACGUUUCCUAACCAGUUAGAAGAACUCUCCCACACGCCACUCUUGCAAUGCUUGGUACCAUCUCUUGAAGGAGAAGCUGGGCUGCUUACUGAAAAUCCUCGACCAAGGACUCUGCUAGAGUGGAUUAAGGCUCAGGACCCCAGAGGAAACAUUGAGCAGAUGGUUGAGCAAGCUGCAGGUGCUAUAGAACAGUUCCAGUCUGAGAAUCUUGAGCAGAUCAUGGUGGAGGUGAGGGAUAUUCUAGAUCAGGUGAACAAUCCCAGUAUGAAGGAAGUGAAAGGGUUGGAGGACCGGCUGUAUGGCCUGGACCAGCUGAUGUAUGGAGCCAGGCGGGUGGUACAAGAACAACAAGAUAUGGCUCAGGGAUUUGUUCAAAACCAAAAUAGAGCCAGUAAUUUAAGGGACACCUCAGUUUUACCAGACCUGUGUAACAGCCACCAAAAACAGCUAAAGGUUAUGUUGAAAAAUCACCAACAACUGAGGGAAAUCAUGAGAAAGUGCACAGCAGCCAAAGAAGAACUGUCAAUUAACCUGCACACCAGAUUGAGAUGGAUCAUGUAUGUUGAAAAAACCAUAGUGGAUACAGACAACCGACUGAUAGUGCAACAUGAAACGUUGAGAAGACUAAAGAAAAGAAUGGAGAUACUGAAUCAGAUGUAUGACGCCCCUAAAGUAUAUGCAGCAGCUGUGGUGGAAGUUGUGAGAAGGAAGAAGUUCAAUGCACGUUUCUUAGAGUGGUCCUCUGCACUUUGCGAAAAUGCUAAUAAUUUACACACACAAGAAAUUGCUAGAAGAAAAGAAUUUGCAGUGUUCCUGUCUCAUCAUUUCUUACAAACCCUGUUCCCUGGGUUCCAGGAUGUUCCCCCGCACUUUGCAAAUUCAUUGCCAGACCCAUUUGAUCUCAACCUCCCUCUGAUAGUAGAACAUGAUGUUGAAAUUCUCAGGGAAGAAAUGCAACGAUAUCCAGAAAUCACAAAUUUGCUGAAUAUUCCAGAUGUUCAUACAGAUAUUUUUUGCCAGCUCAUGGAAAGGAUUGCCUUUCAGCCUGGAAAAGAAAAAGCAUUAACUCAGCAAUGUUUGCAGGAGCAACUUCAAUUCAGUAGACAUUCCAAUUCUGAUAUCACUGUUCUCAGUGACUCGUCUCCCCCAGUGCCUGCUGGGCAGGGAACAGGAGAUCAUCAACUGUCUCUGCAGGUGGAGGACACCCAUGACUCUGAGGAUGAAAUGGUCCAGGUGGAGCCAGACUUGCCUUCACUGGAGUCGGGGCCCUAUCAGACUUUGCCUAAAUACAUUGAUACAGAAGUGCUUCCUGUUGCUGUAGACUUUGAAAGAAUACCUCAGCAACGCAAUACAGGAGAAGAAAGUGUUGAGGUGCUAGGGAAUGAGGAUGCUGAUGAAACACUUUCAAAAAGAGUGGUAGAUGCCUUAGAGAGUGAUGAUGUUUUAUCUGUGACUGACGUUGUCCCUAGGGAGGAAGAUAGAGCUGAACAUGCUGUGAUUGAAGGCAAGGCUGGGGAAGAUGACUCAGACGCUGUCAGGUUUGACCUUGGUUCUGAAGGCACUGAUGAUAUUGAAGUGUUGACACCUUCACCUGAGAGAAACAGCGAGGAGAGAGAAGAUAAAGUCUUAGAUUGGAGAGUAACAAUGGCCAGCUCACCUACUACUUCCCCAGACAUAGAAUCCUUGGACUACAAAACUGCAGAUUUUUACAUUGAUGACUCUAUGCCUUCUUCAGCCACAGAUGCUUCACCCAAUUACAAGCAGGCAAUUGAGAAACUGACAGAGGACCUGUCCCACAAAGAGAAACUACUGCUUGAGAAAACAGCUCUUGCUGAAGAGAUGGUCGCUACUGCGGAAUCGUACAAGGCUAAGCUUCUGGUUGCUGAGGACAAGUUGGCAAAACUACAUGACAUAGCAGACAAGGCAGUUCUGAAGUUGAAAUGUGAAGUUUUGACAGUUGAUAAGCAAGUCCAGAAAAAUCAUGAAGAUUUUUUGGAGUACAUGAAAACUGUUUCAGGACAGUUAUUCGAGACUGUUCAGAACUUUCACCUCCAUCAGCAAACAGAGCAUGAAAAAAUCCUCGAAAACUUGAAAUGUGAGCAUGAAAAAAUUGUUCUUGAGUAUCAAGAGAAGCUGGAGGUGGAAGUCACUGCAGCACGUGAUGUUCAACAAGAAAUAGAAACAUACAGGACUCAGUACAAUGCUAUAUCGGAGAAGUGUGACCAGAUGACUAUGGACUUCGAUCAAAAGAUUAUUGAUUUAGAGAAACAGUAUAAAGAGGAAAAGGAUAGACUUAUAAAGGAUAUGAUGCUGGAGCAUGAGCUUGAGGUUGAAAAAGUUCACUCAGAGAUGGAGAUUGCUGUUAUAACAAAAGAACAAGAAAUUGCUGAGAUUGAAAGUGAAAUGAGAAAAAAAGAGGAACUGAUUGCUCAAUUAAAAUUGGAAAAUGAGAAAAUAGCCACAAAUAUGUCUCAAAAGUUUCAAGCGGAGAAGGAGGAAAUAGUGAACAUUCUAAAGCAGGAGGGUAAAGCAAAGUUGGAGAAGGCUUUGCAGGAGGAGACAGCAGCGCUGGCCCAGAAACAUUCAGAGGAAUUAGAAAAGUGUGUCCAGAAACAUAAAGAAGAAUUGAAAACAGCUCUUGACAAGUGUUCUAAGGAUUUAGGUGAGAAACAUAGAAAAGAACUAGAAAGCGUAAAAGCUGAUUUAGCUACCCAAAAGGAAACUGAAUUAAAAGGAAUGAAGUCUGAGCUCAAACAAAAAGAAGAAGAAAACAUUGAAACCAUUAGGAAGGAAUUGAAAGAAAGACAUGAAGAGGAAGUUACUGCUUUAAAAGCUAGAUAUGAAAGGGACCGAGAAGUACUAAUAAACUCAGCAGAUUUUAUAAGCACAGAAAGGGUGGAAAAUGAAUCCCAGACCGAUGAUGCUCUUAGUUUGGACACUGAGAAAUACAUGGAAAUUGUUGCCCACAAAUCUGCUUUACAAAAGGUAGAAGAGGAAAAUGCCAAAAAAGAGGCUGAUGCAGUAAAACAGGCAGUUGAUGCUCUCAAAACAACUCACCAAGAAGAAAUAAGUCAGCUUGUACAGACAUUUGAGAAAAAUAGACAAGACAGCUUAGCUUCCUUAGCUAAAGAAAACCAGGUAUCUUUUAAUGAAGCUGUUAGCAAAGUUAUAGAAGAAAAAGACAAAUUAAUUGAAGAACUUAGGAAAAAAUAUGCCUCUGUACAAGCUGAACAAGAAAAAGAACAAGCCACCAUCCAGCGUCUGAUGUCAGAUAAGUGUAAUCUUGAAGAGGAGAAGGACAAGGCAUUGAUACAGGCUCUGCAGCGGGAAAAAGAUGCAAGAGCACACAGUAAGAGGUUGGAAGAGGAGCUUGGUGCCCUCCAGCUACAGCCAUAUGGAGCUAUGGGACAGUCAGCUAUGGGGGCAUCUGUGGUCCCCAUUAGUGAGAGUGACUCCUCCAUGCAUGUCUCUAGGGUACAGGAUUUGCAAACUUCUCUGAAGAACAAAGAUGAUGAGAUAUCAAAGUUGAAACAAAGAUUGAUGGAGCUUUCCAUGACGGGUAGUGCCCGGGGGACAGUCCAACAGGACAAGGUGGCAAUCACCAGUUGCAAUGUUGGAGACAUAGUGCUACUGUGCCUUGAUGAGCGUCAUGAUCAGUAUGUUGUAUUCACAGUGGGCACUACACUACAUUUCCUGCAUUCUGAUUGUCUGGAUGCUCUAGGUCUCAAGACAGUCACUGGUGAUAGGAAAUCUUGGGUUUUAGCUCAGGUUACUGAUAAAGAAUACUGUCAAGCAAAGAAGCCCAACAACCGUUUCCGUGUCCCAGUAGGCACCAAGUUUUACCGUGUGAAGGCCAAACCCUGGGACAGAGAGGCCACUGCAGGGGCACCUAGGGAACCAAGUAGCAGCAGUAGUAGUAGCCCAAGCCAUGUGGUCCAUUGAUGAACCCUGCUACCAGCAUAUACCACACACCAAUGCAAGCAGCCACUGUAUAGGGCACACGACUAAAUGGAGAAGUCAAACAUAAUUCUUUGCACCAAGCAUGAUGAUAGUGAUGCGGGUAAUUUGGAAUUUUACCGCUAUAACAUUAUUUGCUUUUAUAAAAGUAGCAAGUAAAUAUGCCAGAGGGAAGUCUUUCACCUCUACAGGCCUGCUCAUAUUCACUCUGCAGGUGGAUUGACUCUUUUCUCAACCACAUUUUACAGGAGUUACCCAGGAAUGUUAACAACAUAGGACCCCUGUCUGUAUAUAUAAAAUUUUCAAGGGAUUCCGUAUACUUUUUAGUAAGAGAAAUGAUGACUUUUUGAUGGUGUUUUUAUUUAAAAUUUGGACAGUAAAGAUGGCAUGUAACUCUUACCUUUAUGUUCUAAAGGGAGUAACUGUUAAAUUUGUAAUACUUCUCGGUAAUUGCUUUUUUUGCCUGAAUAGAUAUUAUGUAUUGUGAAGGCAGGGGAUGUCAUUUUGAUGGCCUGAACCAAUGUAUAAACAUUGCAUUAUGUGCUGUACAAAAGUGUUGCCCUUGAUUGGUUUUAGUGCCGUUAUCUAAUUUCGUUCAUGGGAAGUAAUCAAACAGACCAGUAACAUGAUUACGGCAACCUUUCCAGUUUAAUGUUAAGAAUUAGACAGUGACAGAGUGUCGGUAUUGUAUUAACACAAACUUUGAAUUAAUUCCCAAUCUAAAACUGGUUAAGUAUCACAAUAUUUAUUGUAUUCCAUAUAUCCUACAAUGAACAUUUGCAAAGUGUGUUUAAUGUUCCAGACACGAUCAGAAAAUAAAUCUUAAAA